UAUAAAAAGCCCCAACAAGCAAGCGAGCAGAGGACACGCCGGGCGGACACUUGGAACUUCACUUGGCUAGGGAGGAGCUCGGCCCAACACCAUGCUGAGGUUGGCCCCCACCACCAGGCUGCUGCAAGCCCCCCUGAGGGGCUGGGUGGUUCCCAAGGCGCACAUCUCUGCCAAGCCAGCCAGAACUCCCACUUCCCCAAAGGAGCAGGCCGUCGGGCUCUCUGCAAUGUUCCUCAGCUUCCUGCUCCCCGCGGGCUGGGUGCUGUUCCAUAUGGAGAACUACAAGAGGAGCUCCGUGGCGUGAAGGCACUACCACCGCUGCUCCAGGCUCAGAUCAGAUUGUAUUAAACCCCUCCUUCCACCUAA